AUGAUAAUUUCAUUUUGCAGUAAUGGCUCCAAAAUUGGAGUGGAUGAGGACUCAAUUUGCAACAAAAUGAUGGCAGGUAGGUCACUUGUCACAAACUUUACUAAUAAAGCAACAUUUAGUGGGCCUUUUAUAUGGACCACAUAUAUCAUAAAGGAAUAUACUCCCGCAGGUCCCAAUCCGCCUGUAACGUACGGAAUUUCAACGAUGAAUAUUCGUUUAACAAAUCCAACUACCCGUCUAUAUGCAUACCCCACAUCCACAACGGUACAUACUGCGUAUUUCCAGAGAGAGAAACUGAUGACUGAGGCACUCAGGAAAGCUUACACAGUGAAGGAAGAGAUCGGGAGGGGGAAGUACGGCGUCGUAUUCAGGUGUCAUUCCGCCAUCACCGGCGACUGCUUCGCCGUGAAGUCCAUCGACAAGCGCCUCGUCCAAAACGAUGCCGUUGACAGGCAGUGCCUUUACAAUGAAGCCAAGAUCAUGCAGCUGGUUUCGAGCAAUAAUCAUCCGAAUGUGUUGAAAAUUUUCGAUAUUUACGAAGAUGAUAGCUUUCUUCACAUUAUACUCGAGUAUUGUCAGUCAUCGGAUCUUUUUGAUCGGAUAAAUGCCCGACCCAUAUUCACCGAAUCCGAGGCUCUCGAUGUCAUGGGCAUCAUAGAAUGA